AUGGCCCAGAGCGCGCUCCCCGCCGUCUUAUCCCCCACCACAGACAAGCACCCCAAGGGCAAGAGAAAACGAACUGCCACCAAGGACAAGCUGAUCCUCGAAGAAGCAUACUCUAUCAACCCCAAGCCCGAUAAACAGGCGCGUCUCGAGAUUGUGAACCGCGUCUCACUCAAUGAGAAGGAAGUCCAGAUCUGGUUCCAGAACCGAAGACAGAACGACAGGCGGAAAUCCCGUCCGCUGUCGCCGCAGGAGCUGGCCGCUCUCCGCUUCAGCGGCAUGCAUAACAUCGCGUCCGACCCAAUCACCUCCCGCAGCAUCGUCGUCGAGCUGGAUCCCGCCUCGUUCCCCGCCUCCGACCCUUCUGUUGUCAGCCAUGUUCCCACGUCGCCCUCUCACAUGCCCAACAGCCCCCAUCAUGCACACCCUCACCACAUUGCCGUAGAGGCCAUUCAUGCCACGCCUGCACCCCGGUACGGCUCCCAGCCCUACGCCGCUGGCAGCCUGCCGCAUGCGACACCGCAGCGACAGAUGUUCCCGUCGCAGGAGGAUGGUCACCACCCUCACUCCGUGUCGGGCUCUGUCGGCUACCUGGCAAACCGAUGGAAUUUGGGCCAUUGCUACGCCACGCCUCUGUCACGCGAUAACUCUGUCAAAUACGACCCCUUCAUCCCUUCCUCUUGCUCGUCUAACACAUCUGGGCAAUACCGAUCGCAUGUGCGCCUUGCCCUCUCUCUUGAAGGCAAGGCUGAGCUGGUGCCCAACAACGAGUCUUCGCCAGUUCGGGAAACCCCAUCAAGGCCUUCGUCUACUUUGCCGUCCCUCUCCCAGUAUCGGCAACGGAGCCUUCACCGUAGCCAUAGUGCUCUUCCUGCCGUUACUCUGCCUCCCAUCUCCACCUUGACCAAUUCACUUCCCCCACGCCUGGUGCAAGGCCGGUCCCGUGAUGUUCACGCUUGGGAGCUGUGUGCCGAUUCUGAAACUCGAGAUGAGCUGACGGCGCAAGCCGAGCAUGAGUCCAGUGGCUCUGCCAUUGCUGCCAUCAGCUUGCUUCGUUCCACCAGCGGCAUCCUGCAACCUAGCAGUGUCAAGCGGAAUGCGCCGCUGUCGAAGCUGUCGCGCCACCGCCAGUCCAAGAAGCCCAGGCUCGGCCGUACGGCCUCCAGCGUUGCCCGCUUGGAAACUUGCUGGGCCAACGACGAGAGGACGCGCGAGUCUUCUCACGCCAAGAUGAACGUCUCCAUGCUCGUCUCUCCCUCCGACUCGGACAAGGAGAACUGGAGCCCCAGAAACGGGGCAGCCUCUGCUGACCGACGUCGGCAGAUGCCUCCCAGCAGCCCCAGCCGGUCGCAGGGUGCGCGGCGUAUUGGUCGAGCGCUGCAGGGUCGAAAGAGCCCAGCGCUCCUGAUGCGUGCCCACACUAUGCCAUCGGGGUCGAGUUCGUCCAUGGAAACGGGAGUCUCGGAUCUUGGGGAUGUGGAGGCCAAGGCCGAAUCUCCGCGCGACGAUGAAGUAAGCCGCUUCAUGUGCGGUGAUGUCAGCCCAAGCAAGAAGGGCGACAUGGACUGCGUUGCAGGCCUGCUGUCUCUGAGCCAGGGCGCUUGGAGAUGA